CAGGCCGGUUGCUAUGGAACAGUUCUAAACCGGUGAAGUGUUGGAGCGGUGGAAGUUCUGCUCUGCGGUCACGUGACACCGGCGCAGGGCUCUUUUGAUCACUGAAAACAAUCUCGGACAACUGUGAUAAUUAGAUUGCCAGGUGAGCCCAAUUUAAGGAAAAAUUACUAAAGGUGGGUGUUCCACAUUAUUAAGCAGAGCACCUUUUUCAAGCAAUAUGGAGAAGAAAAAGGAUCUCUCUGCUCCCGAAAAGAGUGAAAUAGUUCAGUGCCUUGGACGAGUUAUGGAUCUUCCAUGUCUGCCAUUGAAAAGUAUGCUGGAACAACCAAAACUUUUGCGUAGACCUCUUCCUCCUAAAAUUCUACCUGUCCUCAGUGAAAAAUGGCCAAACCCAAGCCAAGAAACAGGAAUUCCACACCUAUACACACAAGAAGAACAACGCGAGAUCCCAGUUGAACAAUGCUCAAACCGAGAGAAUAAUAUAUCCAGUUAUGUUAUGGAAAAGAUCAACCUGCUAACUGAAAAUUGGAUCCUUGAACAGCAAGCCCCUACACCGGCUGCAAGCAGGAUACACAGUGAUGAUUACCCAUUAUACUGGAACAACAUGAGCAUAUUGCGUCGUAACCAGGGAACACACAAGUAUGCUGUCUCUGAGCAAACACAAGAUGUAGAGCUAAUGCGCAGUGGACCUGCAGAUUUUCCAUCAAAGAGACUCCACAAACAGCAAAUAGUAAAUGCUCUGUCAAAUGAGAAUAAUAAUCAACCCUACCAACUUCCGCCUCCAGAAUUUACCUUUAAUGACAUUAUUGCAACAUCAGAUCACCAUGCAGGAAAUGUAAGUGAUUUGUUAAGGAAACAGACAGUAUCUAAAUUGCACUACAGGAUAAUGGAAGACAACAUUGCUAGGUUACAGCAGAAACCCCAAAAAAAGAUUCACAGCACGGUAUUGUCGUCCCAUAACCUACCAGAGAUAUCCAAACGAAUCCCACCACGGCUGCAGCUUGCUCUCGAACAGCAGCAGGCAAUGUUAAAAGAGGAAGAAGGCAAGAACAUGGAAAGUAUGAAAGAUUUUAUUCCACAGAUCUUUAAAUCUCAGAGGUUGCAAAAUUCUCAAAUACUAUAUGAUGAGCAAAGUAAAAUCAUAGCAACUCACUGUGAGCUUGCAAUGUUGGAGUGCCUUGUAACCGGAGGACAUGCUUUGAGCCUAAAAGCAUAUUUUAUAUCCAAGCUUCCAGAUUUGACACCUCUGUAUAAUUCUUUAUUUUACCUCAACCUUUCCUUUAAUGAAUUCUGGCAAUUCCCUACAGAGGUGUACAACCUUGAACAGUUGGAAUCACUUAAACUAAGGAACAACCCAAUCAAGGAGAUUCCAUAUGGUAUCCACAAGCUGAAGAAGCUCAGAACUUUAAUUGUAUCAUUUUGCUCAUUGUCAUCUCUUCCUGCUGGGCUCUUUUUGUUGCCAUAUUUGCAGGUGCUGGAUGUGUCCUAUAACAACAUUAUUUCAAUUCCAAAUGAGAUAUCCAAUCUCAGGGCGCUGGAGUUCCUGAAUGUGGAAGGAAAUGGCUUGCCCGGAUUACCCUGUGGAGCACUGAGGCUGAAGUUAAAACACCUACGUGUGGGGAAUAAUCGGAUGCAUCCGCUGUUCUGGAGAGAAAACACCCACAUUCAACCACAGCGUCUACUGGAUUUAGCAGCCAUGUCUUUUGCCAACAGCAACAUGUCUCGCUAUUUUGCAGCAAUUCCUGAUGAAGUAAAACAUGUACUACAGAGUUUGGCGGUCUGUGACUGCUGCCGAGGUGUCUUAUCAGGGGAAGGACUUCGCUUUAUCCGACCUUGUGAGAAAAUCUUUGGGAUCCGCAAGCUGCCAUUUAUAUUUCAUGCCUGCUCACCCUCAUGUUACAGAAGUUUUAUGUGCCAAACAGAGUCACUCAGUAAUCAUCUCUAUGAAAGUUAAUGUACACUCUUGCUAGCCUUGAGGGAGCAAAAUAACAUCUUUAUAGUUAUGGUGUAAUGAUAGUCAUAUAAAUUAUGGAUAAAAUUAUCUUUUGUAAGAGCUUAUCCCACAAUAAAUGUUAAGAAAUUUACUUAAUAUGUUAAAAUAAAUAUAUUUUGAGUAAUUUCAGUUGCUAAAUGCUUAAAGGGGUACUCCUUAAAACUU